AUGCCUUCAUCUCCUUCCAUCUUCUCCUCCGCAUCGCGAUUAUGGCGGACGUCUCGUGCCGGAGACUAUCUCGGCCUCCUCCUUCUAGCCGCCUCAAAUAUCGCUCUGAUGGUCACCGAACCAUUUCAUAGAAUGUUCACAAUCGAUGAUCCACGUCUAAAAUACCCUCACGCGUUAAUAGAACGAGUUUCGGUUCCAUACCUUCUCGUUCUUGCAGUUCUGGUACCACUGGGCACCAUAGUCGCCUGGACUGGAGUCCUACAAAAGGGGAGACCUUUUUUACAAUCGAGUCUAUUAGGAUUGGGGAAUAGUUUGUUACUCGCAAGCUUUAUCACCGACUUUAUAAAACAAGGCGUCGGACGGCCUAGACCGGACUUAAUCGAUCGUUGUCAACCUCGCGAAGACACCCCACAUAACGAACUAGUUACCUUCAAGGUCUGCUACCAGACGAACCACCAUAUUCUCCACGAUGGAUUUCGUUCUUUCCCGAGCGGUCACAGUUCUACCGCCUUUGCCGGCCUACUCUACCUUUCUCUUUUCCUUGCAGGCCAAUUCUUCGCAUUUAGACCUGGUGCGGAUUUGGUCAGAACUUGUGCUGCUUUCUCAGCAACGGUACUGGCUGGCUACAUAGCCCUCUCCCGUCUCGAAGACUACCGUCACGACUACGCAGACGUAUCAGUAGGCUCCUGGAUCGGAAUCCUCUGCGCCUAUUUCUCGUACCGUCGGUACUUCCACCCAUUGAGGUCCGCGAGAUGUAACGAACCUUACAAGCUAUCAUCAGAAGAAAACGGAUACGAGGGCGUAAAAGAUGAGGAUCAUGAUGAUGAAGAAGAGGAGAGAGGGAGGAGGGGUAGGUUGAGUGAUAUUGAAAUGGGAAUGGUAAGGAGUUGA